AUGUCACCAACAAAAGGUAGAACAAAUCAGAAGGCAGAAAGUGAAAAAGAAGUGAGUUUUGAAAUAAAAAAUUAGAAUGUAAUUUUGUAAUAUUUCAUAAUUAUUUUGAGUUCAACCCUUUUUCAAAAAAAAAUUAAUGUUUUUUUUUUCAAAUUUUUAAUAAAUAUAUUCUAGCCACAACCCACUGAAUCAAGCGGAGAUCCUGAUUCACAACCAUCAACAAGUCGUCCGAAAAGAAAUGCUAGAAAGAGUGUCUUAUACCACAAUGCAGAUUACGAAGUAAAUUUGCCAGGUGUGAAAAUAGAAGAAGAUGCAAUUGUUAAUGUUGAAACACAAUCUACUUCAACAACAACUGAAAAAAGAAGAGGAAGAUCAGCUGAUAAUCGAACUGUUGCCAAAAAACGUAAAUUGCCAAGUAAUCAAUCGGAAGGAGAUGAUUCUCAAAACAGUGAACAAAAUGGACAAAUUGAAGAAGAGGAAUUAUUAGACACUCAAAAUACUGAAACAACUGGUGAUGAACAAGAACAAAUUGUGGAAACAUUUCAAGAAGUUGGAGCAAAUGAAGAAUAUAUUAUUGAGGAUUCUUUGCAAUUGGGUGCUGAAACUGAAGUUCCACAUGUUCAAGAUCAAGAACUUGGAGACGAACCACCUCAAUUGAAUUUAUCAAACGAUUAUGAUGAUUCAGAUGGUAAGUUGCAAUGUUUAUCUGCUCUAUUUUCAAAGUUGAUUUUUUUAGGACCAGCUCGUCUUGAUUUAAUGCGUGAACCAGAAGAAUUAUCAUUUGCUGAUGAUGAAGAAUAUAUGGAAAGACCAUUACCACAACUUGAUGUUGUUAUGCCAAUGUCAGCAAAGAAAAGAGGAAGACCACCAAAGGAUGAAUUCAGUUCACCUCCCGAAAAACCAAAAAAAGAAAAACGUGAAAAAAUUCGAAGUUUUCGAGUUUCGGGUGAACGAGUUGUUAGUAAAGCAAUGGCAAAUCGGGUAAAUCAAUUCCAUUUGAAAUUAUUCGAAGAAGAAAUUGAAAUGACUGAAUUGGGAGAUUGUUAUGCCACAGUAAUCAGUGGAUGUUUGGCAUAUUUAUUGAGAAAAGAACGAAUUAUUGAUCUUCUUACAAAUCCAGAAGAAAUUGAAUUGAUGUGAGUUUAUUUUUCAAAUUAAAUGUUGGUGAUUAUAAUAUUUUUUGUUUUUAUAGUAGAGAAGGUGGAUGGAUGUUAGAUAGACCAGCAAGAUUACCACCAUUGACAACAAAUAAAGCUUGUUAUGCAUUUUACAUUGAUGGUUCUAAAUUGGCAUCAAUUAAAGAUAUAUCAAAUGAUGAUCUCAAACCAUGGAGUUCUACAGAUGCACCAGUUGGUGAACCUGUUAUAAAACCAAAUGUUCGUAGACAUCCAGUUGCCAGAGUUAAUAAUCGAUUAAUUCCUGUAAAAGGUGAUCCACGUUUAGCCGAACUUCAUUUAACUGAAUACAGUGCAUGGUUGCCAAGAUUGUUGAGAUUAAGAAAAAAGAUUUUCUAUUUAUCAAGAGAAGGACAAAUAUAUGGAAAUGUAUUGGUUUUAUAUGAUUAUACAUGUGCUGGAGAUGCUCCAACAGUUAUUAAUUUGCCGCACGGAAAUGAUUAUUUACGUGCAAUGGCACAAGCUGAACCACAUGAUUAUCAAAACCCACAUUUGACUGUUGGAGAUGCGGAAAAUCCAUUUGAAGAAGAUUGUGUUCAAGGACAUCGUGGUGGAACAUUUUUGAGAGUUAAGCAAUCGAAAUUAGGAUGGGUUCAUAAUAAAAAAUUACUUCUCAAAUAUCUUAUCAAUGAUCCAACUUUACUGUAAGUUUGAAACUUAAAAAAUUAGAUAAUUUUUCGAAAAUUCAAAUUAAUUUUUCAGUGAUGACACUCCGGCACUAAAUCGCCGAGUUCCUUUUCUACCACCAUUUAUCGAAACUUCUGGUGUUUUUGUAUAUUUUGUUCCAUCUUCUUUUGUUGCGAAUCAAAUUCACCAUGUUGGAGACGGUCUUUCCCCGUGGACAAUUAAUCGUGAGUUAUAUUUUUAAGAAAAAAAAUUGUUGUGCAAAUUUUUAUUAAAUGCCAAAAAAUGACCAGACCAAGAAAGCAACUCACGUUUUCUGAAUGGAUCCUGAAUGAAAUUAGAAAUGCCCGAAUGCAAAAUUAAAAAAAAAAAAAAAAUAAUACAUGUUUUCUAAAUUUUGCUUUUUAGCGUGAAACAUUUUUUUCACAUUACAAGAGAUUUUUCCACUUCAUGGUUCAAUUUAUGAGAAUUUUUUUAAAACUAUUUUUUUCAGCAUUAAAUGAUGCGUCAUCUCCACGUGUUCGUUCAACUCGCCGCGCUCUUACUCAAGAUGAAAAUGGUGUUUUUAUAACAACGAAAGAACAAUGGCAAAUGACUGGUCUUUGUCUUGUUGAAACACUUUCAAUUCUUGCAAGAUGUCCACGUUUACGUAAAAGAGUUCUUUAUGUUCAACGAAACAAUUUGAUUGUAAUGGGAAAUGUUUGUUAUAUUUAUGAAUAUGUUCGAGAUGGUCCAAUUCCUUCAUUACUUCGUCCAACUCCAGUUAAACAUAUGGCAAUUGAAGGAGCAAAAUAUACAACACCAGGAAAUAAUAGUGGAAAUGGUGAACAAGGAGUUGUUGAAGAAGGAAAUGUUCGACAAAAUUGGAUGGAAAUAUCGAAAAUAAAAGCAGAUGGAAUGCCAGAAGAUGAACAAUUUAUUGAUGUUGAAGAAAUGGAAGUUGUUGAAGAAGAAGUUAUUGGUGAUAUUAUUCAUCAAGAUAUUGUUGAUCAAAAUGUUGUUCAUCAAAAUGUUGUUCAUCAUGAACAUCACGAUCAAUCAUCAUUAAAUGAAACAAUUCAAGUUCAAGAAGAUUUUGAAGAAGUUAGUGAAGAUGUUUUGAACAAUGGUUGGGAUCCUGAAUUUGAUGAUGAUCCAAUUUUGCAACAAGAUAAUCCGGAACCAUAUUUUGAAACUCCUCGACUUCUCGAAACUGGUCAUAUUUAUUUGACUGUUCGACACAAAAGAAUUGCUUCAACAUUUGAUUGUGUUCUUGAAUGGAUUGCAAACACAAAUGUUGUGUAAGUUUUGUUUUUUUUUUUUUUGAAAAAAAAUUUAUUUUCAAAUAUAAUGGUGUUUUUUAAGGGAAGAACGUGGAUUAUUGAAUUAUUCAAAACCAGGACAUCCUCCAAUUGUUCGAAAUGCUCGAUGUUAUGCUUUCUUUGUUGCUGGAACUGCUAUAUUUCCACAUGAUAUAAAUCGAGAUGAUUUUUCGCCAUGGUCUCAUAAUGGAACACGUAGGUUUCUUAUUGGAUUUUGAAAGAAAACUUCCUUCAGAGCAGCUUUGUUAUUAAGAAAAUCGAGCACUUCAAAUUAAAAUUAGUUAUGUAGAAAUCGAAAAACAUGUUUUCUAAAUUUCUAGAAAAAAGAAAAAGUGUUCAUAAAAGUACUUCGAAAUAAAAAAAAACCUUGAAUGUUUAGCGGAUAAUCCGACGUGUUAUCGUACAAAAGUUCGAAAAAUUGGUGUAAUUUGUGAUGAUGAUGGUGCACAAUUUCAAAUCAAAGAUAUCGAUUAUAAAGCAUGUCCAUUCCAUUUGGUUUUCUUGUAUAGUAUCAAUCCAAGAGAUCCAAGACUUCGAAAGAAGAUUUAUUAUAUGAUGGAAACUGAAUCGAAAUUAGUUGUUAGUCAUGCAUUGGUAUUUUAUGAUUAUAAUGUUGAAGGACCAUUGCCAAGAUUGCACGGAGGAUAUUUGAAAAGAUUCACAAGAAAAGCAACUAAAAGACAGGUUUGUUUUUUUCAAAAGUUUACGUUUUUUUAAAAAUAAUAAUAGUUUAUACUUUUUAUUUUUUUAAUUUUAGCAUCUUCAAAUUCACGAUGUUGAUAACGAUGUUUCGGAUAUUAGUGAAACCGAGAAGGAUUGUCCAUUUAUUCUACCAGCAAAUUUGGCAGAAGAUGGAACUAUGUAUUUGCAAAUUGCUGAUCUUGAAUUUUGGAAUGAUAGAAAUCGCCAACUUCAUUUUUUGGUCAACAAACCAUCACUUCUGUAAGUCAUUUAUUAGAAUAAUUUCGAAAUAAUUAUCGAAAUUUUAGAGAAACAAUUGGUUGUCUCAAUUCUCGUGUUCCUUCUCUUCCACCAUCAACAUCUGGAAAAGGUGCAUUUAUAUUCUUCGUUGAUGGCCUCGAAGUUGAUUCCCGUAAUCUUACAACUGAUGGACUUGUUCCAUGGUCUGAAAACUCUUCAACAAGUGCAAUGACUGGAGCCGCGUGUAAAAGACCAAAAUCAGCAAAAACACCAUUGGCAUUGAAUCGAGAGAAUCAGUUGCGAGUUUGGAAAACACCGCCAGGUAAUGGAAGAGCUUCGGAAGGUGUUGAAUUUCAACUUCAUACAUAUAAUGCUACAUUGCCAAGAUGUCCAAGAUUGAAGAAAAAAGUAGCAUAUGUAUUGAAAAAUGGACAACAAAUUGGACAUUCAAUGAUUAUGUAUUGGUUUACGGAAUCUGGAGAAAUUCCGAUUCCAAUAAAUUUGAAUACAUUGAAUCCGGAAGUAUCUGUUCAACGAUUACCAAAUAGUAUAAGAGAGGAAGCAAGUCGUUUACUUCAAAGUUUGACACCAGCUGAAGUUGCUAAAUUGCUCCAAGAUAGACAUGGAAUACAAGUAUCACCAAAAACUUUGUAUUACUUGAGAAGAAGAGAUCUUAUAUCUAUGAAUUCACAAGGAGGACAACAAGCAUAUUCAGAUGUUAAAAAUGAAUAUAUGGAACAACUUGUUGAUCAACAAUGGCAUCAUCAAGAAGUUGUUGAUGAAAUGAUGCAACAAGGAACAUCACAAGAAGAGAAGAAUCAACAAAUGUUGCAAGAUGUUGUUGAUGAAGAUUCGAUUCAAGUUGGAAAUACAGAAGAAGUAUUACAAGGAGAUCAAGAUGGUAAUUCUGGUCGAUAUUCGACUAGAAGAAAUGUUACUUUGGGAGAUCAUUUGAAUUUGUUACAUGGAGUUGUUCCAAAUCGCGGAGGAUCAUUCUUGCAAAAACCAGUUGCAACUGGAAUGAUUAGAGGAGCACAAAGAUCUGAAGCUAUUUGGAGAAUAACUAAAAGCUCAUUUGGAACAUCAAAUGAUAAUGAUACUUUUGAUAUGUUGUGGAAAAUGAUGUUGGAGAAAAAUGAGCAAAGAUUAUUGCAUAAUGUACAUCAGGUUUGUUGGAUUUUUUGAGGAUUCUUGAAUAAAUAUAAAUUAUUUUCAGACAUUUGGUAUAGAAAUAAUUGCUGAUUCAAUGGUUGGCGGAGAAAUGCUUCAAUUGGGAGAUGAUGAAAUUGUUGAAAAUGUUGUUUUGGAUACAAGUGAGUCAAAUGAACAAAAAGCAGCGCAUGAAGGAUAUUUGGAAGAAGAAGAGGUUAUUGAAGAAGUUGUUAUGCAAAAAGAUGAUGAUGGAAUGGAUAAUCAUUCGAAUAUGCAUCAACAACAACAUGAAGGUAAAUAUUGAAAAUGAUAAAUAUGAGGGGUUUAAAAAGUAUGAAAACUUUAAUUAACGGGGUAGAAAAAUAAUAGGUAUUUUAUUUUUUGAAAUUUAUUCAGAAAAUGUCAAUAACUAAAUUUAUGUAUUUCUUUUUCAAAACUUAUCAUUGAUUUACAAAAUUUAGAAAACAAAAGAAAAGUUUCGCUCUGAAAAUUGAUCUUAGCUAAAAUUUUUUAUUGUCGAGAAAUGUCGAAAACCUCGACAAAGGAAAAUGAGUAAAUGGAUGUUUGUGUUUGGGUUUUUUACCUUAUUAAUUCUAAAGACUAGCAAGCCUGUUUUUUGCAGAAGUUAUCGAACAAUUGAUUGUGGAAGAAGUUGUUGAUGAUCAUCAUCAUUUGUUAGAAGAACAAAUUGUAAAUGAACACGGUGAAAUUGUUCAUGAAGAAGUUGACCAUGAUCAACACAACCACAAUCAACAGUAA